UACAGGGGAUGAUUUGGAGGGACGAUUUUCUCGGAUGCCAUCUAAUACAUCCAUAAACUCAGGAACAGAAGUGAACGAACUAAGCUCUAUGAAUACAUCACGUCUGGGUGGGAUUCCAGAGUCUUCAUGUGAAGUGAAAUGUGGAUUAAGUGCAGAGAAGGGCAAAACUGGAACAUACCACGUCCAAAGUGCUGCCACUACUGAUGCUGGGGUCUAUCAGUGUACAGCUGUGAACACCGUGGAAGGCACAGGAAGGGGGGAAACAGGGACAGGAUCAUGUAUAACGAACGUGAAUGUUCUGUAUCCCCCGCCGCCUUUGCUGAGGGGUACAAAGGACAUGUUCGAGGGCACCAGCGUUAUCCUGAGUUUGCCUCCAGGUUCCAACCCUCCUCCACACGUCUAUACAUGGAAGAGGGAAGUGGAUGAGCGAGAGGUGUCCUCUAUCACUCCCCUAUUAUAUCGAACAUCAGGAGAUCUGAUGCUGGAAGUAUAUCGUCCCAGUCACUAACUCCAUGAACCUGACUUCUGGUGGACUGACGGAGGGACACGGGGUCCAGCUGGUGCAGAUUAAUGUUCUAUAUUCUCCGGUGCUGUCUUGCCAGGAUGAGUACGUUGUCAUCCAGAACACAUCUGUCAGCCUCGGGUGUUCUGUAGACGCCUUCCCGGCCCCCAGUAUCAUACGUUGGCGACGGGAAGCAUCAGACAAGACGUUAAUGACCGGAGACAAGUUCACAAUCGACGAUGUCCAAAUGACAGACGGUGGUGUGUAUAUAUGCACAGCUACAAACAGUAUGACAGAUUAUAAUGGUCAAAUCCGGACAGGGACUGGAUCAUGCGCAGUCCGAGUGAAAGUCGUGUACCCCCCUCCGCCCCUGAUGUCUGGAACAAUUACAGUGUUUGAAGCAAGUUCUGCCAACGUCUCCUUCCCGUUCUCCUCUAAUCCUCCACUUCUUCUGUAUAAGUGGAGGAAGGAAGGUCUGGACUCCAACUUUACCACGACCUUGAAUCCACCUGCCAUAACCAACAUUGGGCGGUCAGAUGCCGGGACCUAUGUCAUCACAGCUACAAAUAUAAUGAAUGAUUCACAAGCUGGUCUAGUGGAAGGUCAUGGGAUGCAACUUAUUUCAUUAAAUGUACUUUAUCCUCCUGAAGUGUUCUGUCAGAAAGAUGUAAGUGUGCUUCUCAAAUCAUCGUUUGACCUGACAUGCGCAGUGUCAGCGUCCCCCCUCCCUGAGGAUGUGACGUGGACAAGGGUAUCUACCCCAGCCUCCACAAUUUCCCCCGAGCCUGCACACAAAUAUUCCACCCCGUCUGGAUCUGGUGAAAUGGAGAUUAUUCAGGUUGAUAAUGCUGAAGACACAGAUGAAGGUUCAGGGGAUGAUUUGGAGGGACGAUUUUCUCGGAUGGAAUCUAAUACAUCCAUAAACUCAGGAACAGAAGUGAACGAACUCAAGCUUGUCUUAAGCUCUAUGAAUACAUCACGUCUGGGUGGGAUUCCAGAGUCUUCAUGUGAAGUGAAAUGUGGAUUAAGUGCAGAGAAGGGCAAAACUGGAACAUACCACGUCCAAAGUGCUGCCACUACUGAUGCUGGGGUCUACCUGUGUACAGCUGUGAACACCAUGGAACGCACAGGAAGGAGGGAAACAGGGACAGGAUCAUGUAUAACGAACGUGAAUGUUCUCUCCGACCCUGCCUUGAUUCGGCUUGUACCAGGAACCUAUGCUGGUCGCCUGGAGAUCUACCAUAGAGGAGAAUGGGGCACAGUCUGUGAUGAUGGGUUUGACAUGAAUGACGCUAAAGUUGUCUGCAGAGCAUUUGGCCUUAACGCGUAA